AUAUGACUUAUCUAGAGCCGUAAUAGAACCAUAGGUAAUUAGGGGCCUCAUAAAGUAAUUUAACCCGGUUCUUUAAAACCAGAACAAAAAGAAAAUAGCUUGAACCAGUUAUUGAAAAAUGGCAGCCUCAGCUUUUCCUAUUACUGGCAGCAUUGUCCCAUCUACUCCACGCCAUUCCUUCCUUACCCAACCUUCUGCGUCCGUAGUGGUAUGGCAUUUGGUGGGGAAGCAGCACUCAAGACUGUUAACACAUACGAGAGGCCAUGCAUUUCGUAUGCUAGCCAAUCCUGAUAAAUCAUCUGGAAAGGAUAGUUUUAGGAAAGAAGUACUAAUGGUUGAUCCACUGGAAGCGAAGAAAUUAGCUGCGAAACAAUUAGCAGAAAUUAAAUUAAAAGAAAAUUUUAAGAGAAGACGUCAGAUAGAGGCAAUUAAUGGAGCAUGGGCAAUGCUCGGUCUCACGGUUGGUUUAGUCAUCGAAGGUCGUACAGGAAAGGGUAUUUUGAGUCAGUUGGAUGGAUAUUGGCAUGCUAUUCUGAACUUAUUUAUGAGAUCAUAGACAGUUCCAGACGCCAGGUGCAAGGCGCCCUUCAAAUUACCGGCAUUUGAAGUUAUACAUACAAUCAUAUCGACACCGAUGAACGUUGUACAUGUACGAACGAUUAAAUUUCACAUUUGACAUUCUUUUUAUUUCUUGUAUAUGUUCUUAUCAUGAUUCAUGUAAUCAGACUCAUUUUUUAUGACUUUUCCAACAAAGUAUCCAAUGACAGGGAUAAUUCUCUGUUUUAUUUUGU